ACAGAAGUGUUCACUGUGGUAGUGUCGUUCUUUUCCGGUCGCGAUAAUCCAGAGUUUACUGUCAAAGGUAACCGGACACUUAAAGCGCGAAUGGUUGAGGCCAGAGACAAUGGAUGGUUCGGCCUGCCUGCACAGAUGCCUGCUAGACUUGGCUACAGAGGAAUACUGGUGGAGGAUAAGAGUACCAAGAUUGCGGGACUUCUCGUUGGACCGAAAAGUGCUAAACUACAACUGGAGUUGCUUAGGCGCGUUCAGCUUAAAAAGGGUGAUCGAAAGGAAAUUGAAGACGACAUAAACUCAGGAAAGAUCGAUUUUGAAAAAGCUCCAAUUUUCGAAGUACGAGGAAAGCGUUAUGCACCUACCUACAAUCCGGCUGUGUGGAACGCAUUGGAGCCUGCCUACAGGAGACAAAGGUGCAAUAACUGUUAUAACUACGCGAAUCGCCGUGCAACGGAUAACUUUGCCCAGCCUGGAUUUGGUGGUGGACAGGAGUAUACCGUCGAUGCUAAUGGUGCGGCAAUAGCCAAUCCGUACACCGCUGCAAAUCUCAGAGAUGCUGCGCUAAGAGAUGGCUUACUUCAGCUCAACCCGCACCCAGCACCAGCUGAUCCAGUGCCUGGAGCUCCAAAUCACCCAUCGCGCCACCUGGUAGCACUAGUUGUUAAGCCAGGUGUGAAAAUCACGUGAUUAGAUCCCGGGGUGGUGGGCAUGCCCCUGUAAUGGCCGAUACGGCGAGGCUCCGUCCGAAAGGGGGCCCUUUUUUCUGAAUCAGUAUACGUUUCUGGGAAACUGCCCACUGACCCCUCCCCUAAGCCAACAUUUUGCCUUAAGUGACAAGUAAGUGUUAAUGUUGGCUUAGGGGAGGGGUUUGGUGGGCAGUUUCCCAGAAACGUACAGUUUAGAACCUCUUCCGUAUGGCAGGUUUUACUGAAAAUUUGAAUAGUGUACCGUAAACUUCCACUUCUAGGCCCUGGGCUUAUGUAUCUCAGGUAAGGGAUUUUAGGGGGGCUAAUGAUAUACGCGGAGAGUUUUAUAUCUGAAACGGCCUACUGACCGAAAGAUAAAACACGGCUCGAAGCAAGCUAUAAGGAUCUCGACGCUGCUUCGCUGUAAAGCGUAAAUAAUAAUAAUAAUAAUAAUAAUAAUAAACUUUAUUUAUAUACCGCUAUUUCCAUAUGCUCAAUAGCGCUUUACAGAAUUCAUACAAAGCAAAAAAUAAUAAAUUAAAAACUUACAUCGAAUGAUGAUAAAACGAACACCUGACGAAUUAUGUAAGUUACAAUAAAAAUCCUAUUUAAAUAUUCUAAGCUGCAAUUAAAAACUAAAUCCCUAAAACUUAAAACGAUAACAUCUGAAAGAUAAAUGAUUUGAUAUUCCAUAAUUUUAUUACAUUGGCUAAACCUAGUCCCCAUAAGUACGUUUAAAAGGUAAGUCUUAAUGUUGAUUUUAAACUCUGAUAAUGUGUCACUUCUGCGAAUAUACUGUGGAAGUGAUUUCCACCAAUGAGGUGCUGCAAAAGAGAAAGACCUUUUUAUUUUGCACUGCGCACCCUCUACUGCGCACCCUCUACUGCGCAUAACAUCGCGACAUUCAAGAUGGCGGCGGUUCUUCCCACUUGCGGGAAAAGAACAAACAAGGGCCGCUUUUGCAGAGCCAAAGCUUUUAUUCGCAAUGAUGAUGCGGCAGAUCGGCUGACAGCUUCCUGGUUUGCUAUCGAAAAACAAGAAAAUGAAAGAAAUGUGCCAAACACCCCAAUUUAAGAGCCUGCUGACGCGUAAACAAGUACGAUGACCGCAUGUUUUUAUUGCAUUUUUUUAAUGUUCAUAUCAUGAAUGUUGAUUAUGCCAAGUUUCAAAAAAAGUUUGAUGGUAAAACAAUUUCAAGGGAAUUACCUUAAUCAAUUCUUUAAUAUAGGCAGGUGCUAACCCAUUGAAUGCUAUAUAGGUUAUUAGUAAUAAUUUAAAAAUAAUUGACUGACUGAAAGCCAGUGGGGUUGUUUUAAAAUAGGCGUAAUGUAAUCAUACUUCCUCCUUCGUGUAAUAAGUUGUGCUACAGAAUUGAGUCUGUGAAGCAGGCUGGCUAUAGCAGUGCUGAACAAGAUAAGUUUUGUCUUAACUGAUUGUUAAAUAACGUUCGAAUGCAGUUGAGGUAUUAAAAGAGAGGCGACGUAUCAACUUUCUUGCCCUGAAAAGGCGGGGGGGGGGGGCUUGUUAGAGAGAGGAGCCUUAUUCUAGAGAGGAGGCUUAAUAGAGGAUUUAUGGUGUAUGACUUAUUUUAGGGAGUACCCCCCGGAAAAUCUAUAUAUUAUACUUCCUCUCCAUCCUAUCGCCCCAAGAGAAGGAAUCCGGAUUCUGGAAUCGAAAAAUUUUUGCCUGUUGAAUCUGGAAUCUUGGACCUUGGAAUCCGGAAUACAUCUGUGGGAAUCCGGAAUCCCACUAACAAUUGAAAUCCGGAAUUCAAGCUCCGCUGACAAAGAUCUGGAAUCGAGUAAUUAGAAUCCAGAAUCCAAGACUGUCUUGCAUUCACUUACAUGGGGCGAGGGACCCAGUCCCUGAUUGUUGUUACUAAAAUGCAUUGCUGUUCUGCUUUUCUAAAUACAGGUUUACAAGAUGGAGAUCAUCACUGGUAUCGACUGGAUAACAACGGGCUGUGGUCGCACAAACCUGGUGAGACACGGGUCACACAGACUGACAACGGAGGAAACUCAAUCGCAGACCCAAGGGUUUCCAACAAUGGCCCUUAUCAGUUUGCUUUUUUUAUGAUCUCAGAUCCAUUAACAGUUCACAUAAAUGGCGAUUCUCCGUGUCCUGCGUAA